AGAAAUGCGGAGAGAAUGGACGCUCGUCGGUCAGUGGUCCCUUCCAGCUGAAAAGUCAAUGAAAUGUAGGAAGUGAAAACCUACAUCGACGGUACAGGCAGCGUUCCACCUAUCGCUGCUUACUCGUAGGGGGAAUUCACUGGUCCGCCAUGUGACAGCUCCCUGCCGCCGAUGACAUUCAGGAGCACGGCACCGGCAGAGGUAGUUUGCAACUGGCUGCUGGUCGGGCAGUGGGGUUGUGUCGGCGCACGAAGGUAGGGGCGGGUAGGGCUGAACUGCAAGGCACAGAGGUGACUACAGUCUUGCAGCACGGAGACGUCAGCAUAUGUGCAGUUCUGAUGCUCUAGAUGAGCGCUCAUUAGAGACAGACAUUUAAAGACAUCGCACAGGAGCUUGUUCGGUGUACGGAGGUGAAAGACUUCUGGAACUCCCCGCUCCACCGAGCUGCCCGGCACCUGAAUUUCUUACCUCCCGCUCUUGUUUGGGUUGCCCCCUCCGGAAUCCGCACAAAUGAUGAACUUUCUGCGCCGAAGGCUUUCCGACAGCAGCUUCAUCGCCAACCUGCCGAAUGGAUACAUGACCGACCUGCAGCGGCCGGAGCCCCCACAGCCCCCGCCGCCCGUGUCCCCGGCCCCCGACAGGAGGCAAGCGAGCCAGUCCACGGGAAGCAGCUUCUUCAGUUCCAUCUCCAACGCCGUCAAGCAGACCACGGCGGCCGCCGCGGCCGGCUUAACGGAGCAAACGUCCGCGGGAGCUGCCAGGAGAGCCAAGAUUCUCCUCAUCAUUGACGAGCCCCACACCGACUGGGCAAAGCUGUUCCGUGGGAAAAAGGUUCAUGGAGAAUAUGAUAUUAGAGUGGAACAGGCAGAAUUUGCUGAGAUUAAUCUGAUGGCUCAAGCUGACGGUACCUGUACAGUCGACAUGCAAGUUUUUCGAAAUGGCACCAAAGUUGUCAGAUCCUUCAAGCCUGACUUUGUCAUUGUGAGGCAACAUCCCUACAGCAUGGCAGAAAAUGAGGAUUUCCGUAAUAUUAUUAUAGGUCUUCAGUAUGGAAAUCUACCAAGCGUGAAUUCGCUAGAAUCCAUCUACAACUUCUGUGACAAGCCUUGGGUGUUUGCUCAGUUGGCGAAUAUUUACAAAAGGCUGGGUCCAGGGAAAUUUCCAUUGAUUGAACAAGUCUUUUAUCCAAAUCAUAAGGAAAUGUUAACCAUGCCAACAUUCCCUGUUGUUGUGAAGAUUGGGCAUGCUCACUCAGGCAUGGGAAAGGUGAAAGUAGAAAACCACUACGAUUUUCAGGAUAUAGCAAGUGUUGUAGCCUUGGCAAACACCUACGCCACAACAGAACCCUUCAUAGACUCCAAAUAUGAUAUAAGGAUUCAAAAAAUAGGCAGUAAUUACAAGGCUUACAUGAGAACAUCAAUAUCUGGAAAUUGGAAAACAAACACUGGAUCAGCCAUGCUUGAACAGAUUGCAAUGACAGAAAGGUACAGACUUUGGGUUGAUGUAUGCUCUGAAAUGUUUGGUGGACUGGACAUCUGCGCUGUGAAGGCUGUCCAUGGAAAGGAUGGGAAGGACUAUAUCAUUGAGGUCAUGGACUGCACAAUGCCACUGAUUGGAGAACACCAGGCCGAAGACAGAGAACUUGUAACUGAACUAGUUUUAGGCAAAAUGAAUCUAUUAAUACCAAGAACACCUAUUCCAUCACCUCAGAGACCUACUGCUACACAGCAACCACAGAGUGGAGGUUUGAAGGAGGCACAGACUCAGCCCGGCUCAUUUCCUCAGCAGCGACCUCCACCACAAGGGGGCCCAAUACAACCCCAAGGACCACAUCCACAGUGCCAAGGUCAACUGCAGCAACAGCAUGCUUCUCGUGAGGGGCCACGUCUGCAAGGAGGUGUGCGUCCCACUGGCCCCCCACCUCUGCUACAAAGGCAACCGAGCCAAGCAACACAGCAACCACAGACUGCUUUGCAAAGCCAGAGACCGCAAAGUCAACCAUUAAAGAGGCAGCCUGAACAAAAGAUGCAAGCACAGCCUCCGUUAAGAUCACAACCAAAGACUCCUCAGCAACAGCCACAGCCCCAUCCCCAAUUAAAUAAAUCACAGUCUUUGACCAAUGCAUUCAACUUCACAGAAUCAUCGCUAUUUCGAUCGAAUUUAAAUGAAGAUGAAGCAAAGGCUGAAACAAUUCGUAAUUUGAGGAAGUCCUUUGCCAGUUUAUUUUCUGAUUAGAAGAUAGUAAAUGCCCCCAAAAUCACGCCACAUAAAUGUUACACUAAGCUGCAGCGUACUAACCUCGGUGACUGUAGAAAAAGUUAUUUUCUGUGCCCUAGAUUAAAUUAUUCUUUUGUGCCGUUUGGAUAUUAUAAUUUGUACAUUGUAAGAUGUGACAAAUGAGCUGCUUUAGACCAGUUAGCUGCCAGAAAAAAAAAGAGUAGGCAAAAAUCACACUCUAUUUAAGUCGGUACUAGUGUGGUUGCUGAGUGGUUUCAACAGGGGAAACAAAAUAAUCUUUAGCAUAUUCACUGUGAUGUUGUGAUAAGUGCACAGAGAUGCCUUAUGGUGAAAGUAACAUUCCUAUAUUUUAUUUCAUAGUGAAGUUUCAUAGUAUGAUAAUCAAUUAAAGUGUGCUUAUUUCUGUUCAGUUCCUUGCCAAGACGCAAUAUUAGUUAAUGAAGUGCUUUUGCAAGUAUCAAUACUAUGACAUAUUGGAUACAGUAUAUAUGUUGUGACAAGUUUACACGUUAUAUAAAAGUCGUCAAAAGUAAUGGAGGUGUACAUCAGUAUUACGUGUUUAUCAACUGAGGAAAGAGUAAAAAUUGAAUUCCUCUAUAUUUGCCCUUCGAGAAACACUUUUCUCCUAUAUAUAACAACAUGUGUAAACAAUUGGAGUUAGUGUUAUAGAAUUAUACAUUCAUCUUUACUUAUAUAUGUAUCUUAAAAUGUACUAUUAUGGAUUAUGUGUGUUGUAUAACCUAGUAUAUUGCAUUAAGAUUGCUUAGUCUCUUGCCAUAUAACCCUGCAAAACUUGUCUGAACUCAAAACUGAGCACAUGUCUGGUGUACAUAUAUGCAGCCAAUAAAUAAAUAUAUUUGGGGAGAUAUUGCCAAAAACAUAGCAUCACAACAUAAUGAAUUGUUUCCAUUAGAUUUCAUAAUAUGUGAUAUUGAUGUAUAGAUACCAUUCCUUGAAAUAUACACUUGUUUAGACCUUUCAGUUACUUUGCUGCAUAUUUUUGACAAGUAGAACCACAUCAAGUAUACCCACAUCAGUCAUAUACUUACCAAAAUCGAGAAUAUUAGAAAGUAUAUAAACUUUUCGUGCCAAUUACAUUCUACUACUGAUACAAAACAAUUAAAAAGUUUGACCAGAACAUAAAAAGAUAGAUGAAAACUUCAGUUAUAGCAGACUUUUUUUUAAAAGAAAUUGGCCAGUUAAAGUCAAGUUGACAUAUAUGGAGCAGGAGUGGCAAGCCAUGCAUAAAGAAAGCUUAGCCAUUGCACAAGGAUAAACAAUUCUACUUGUAUUGAUGUACUAUUCCCUCAUUGACAGGCUAUUCAAACAGUUAUCAUUUCAGUCAAGUGACCUGUCAUAGGAACUGGAAAUGUGAGCAAACAGGUGUGUUGUAGUUACAGUCAAAAGGGGUGGAGAAAACAAAGAAUGUCUGUGAAAGGGUGGAGACCAAGAAAACCUUGCUGAUACAAAAUGCAAUUGAUACCACCAAAGUGAAGGUGGUGAAUGCUUGUUGAACUAAGCACUGCUCUCUGGAGGAGAGGGAAAUAGGAGCUGAUUGAGAACAAAAGAAAGAAGAAAUAAAACAUGUUGGAACUGUGAGAUGUGGAUCACUGCAGAUGCUGAAAAUCUGAAAUAAAAGAAAAUACUGCAAGUGCAGUAGGUCAAGUAGCAGCUAUAGGGAAAAAAAAAGUUCAUGUUGCAGGAAGAUAAUUACGAUAUUCGUAUAUAUCAGUACUAAAUUUCAGAUAACCAGCCUUUCCUAUUUGUGUCAGAACUGGCUAGUCCAAUUUCUUUCCUUACAAUCUUGAUCUUUUUUUUAAUCCUUCAAGUGAUUAUUUACAUCUCUUUGGAAAAAGUUCUGUUGAAUUCCC